GGUUCAAAUCCCGGCAAUGGAAAUUUAUUUUUUGGGAAUAAAAUCUGGGUAUUUAUUUAUUACUAUUUUUAAAUUCUUAAUUUAUAAAAAUUGAUGAUGCGAAAAAUCAGUUUAAGUGCCACUUCUCUCUCGACGGAAGCCUUAUCAGUUAAGCUUCUUUUGAGGGCUUUCAAGAAAGUAAAAAUUUCGUGUAUCGUGAUGGAUGAUUUUUCAUCAGUCUGUUGAACAAGGAAAAUCUGAACCAAAAAAAAAAAAAAAAAAAAAAAAGUGUGUUGUUGGUCUUUUAAAAGCACUCUACUUUCCAUUGAAUGAUCAACUACUGCUUUCUCUGGCUGGUGGGUUUUGUUGUUGCUCUGUCUUUUGAGUGGCGGGUUGUGUUUUGUUAAUUAAUUUUGGAUUAAUCAAAAUCCUUUUUCAGUUUUGGGAAUCAGAUGUGAGCCCAUAGAGUUUACUGGAAGUGGGGUGCUCUGGCUUUCUAAUCACCCAUGUUUGAAGGCUACAAAGUGAAAUGAAGGUAAGAGAACCCCCCAAGACUUCUUUCGAAAUGGAUAUGCAGUUGGACAGAAUCAGCGACUUACCUAGCCACAUUAUAGAGCAAAUUCUGUCGCAUUUGUCGAUUAGAGAUGCGGUGAGAACAAGUAUCCUGUCGAGCAAGUGGAGGUACAAAUGGGCUACGAUUCCACAUCUUGUUUUUGAUAAUCAGUGUCUCUCAGUUCCUUCUCAAGAUCAAGCAACUGUCAAGAGUAAGCUUUUGGCUAUCAUUGAUCAUGUUCUCUUGCUUCACAUGGGCCCAAUAUGCAAGUUUAAGCUCUCCCAUCGAGAUCUACUAGCCAUUAAUGAUAUUGAUAGAUGGAUUCUUUAUCUGUCUAGAGGCUCGAUCAAAGAGUUUGUACUUGAAAUUUGGAAAGGACAGCGUUACUUUAUGCCUUCUUGUUUGUUUUCUUGCCAAAACUUAACUCACUUGGAGUUAUUUAAUUGUUUGCUGAAACCCCCUUUAACCUUUAAAGGCUUCAAGUGCUUGAAAAGCCUUGACCUUCAACAUGUUACCAUGACCCAACAUGUGUUUGAGUAUAUGAUUUCCAGCUGUCCUAUGCUUGAGAAACUCACUUUGAUGAACUUUGAUGGAUUCUCCCAUCUCAACAUUGAGGCGCCAAAUCUCAAGUUUUUUGACGUUGGAGGUGUAUUUACUGAUGUCAGUUUCAAGAAUACCUUCGGUUUAGCUGUAGUUUCCAUUGGUUUAUAUGGGGAUAUUGCAAAUGACCAGAACAGAUGUUUUAGCAAUUCUAGCAACUUGCAAAAGUUUUUUGACCAUCUACCCGUUAUUAGGAGGCUGGAAAUUCAGAGUUAUUUUUUAAAGUAUCUGGCUGUUGGCAUUUUGUUGGGAAAGACACCUAAACUAUGUGUUGAUCUGGAUUAUCUUUCUAUACGCAUAAGCUUCAAUGAUCUAGAAGAAACUUCGACUGCUCUUUGCAUCUUAAGAAUUGCUCCUAAUCUACAAGAACUAGAAAUUUUGGCUCGCCCUGAGGAAAAUACUGGAAUGGAAACGGUUACCAACUUUUGGGAAUAUGACUAUUGGAGCUGCCUAUUCACUCAACUUAAACUUGUGAAAAUUACUGGCGUCUCUGGUACCAAAAGCGAAUUGGAUUUCAUCAAUUUUAUGCUUUUAAGGUCACCGGUGCUUGAGAGUAUGACUGUUAAGCCAGCUUCUGAAAAUGGUGGAUUGGAGUUUGUGAAAGCGUUGUUGCGCUUCAGGCGAGCUUCAGUUCAAGCAGAAAUCGUUUUCUUGGAUCCCUGAAACGAUUACAGAUUUCAUGUUAAAUGUACGAGCUGGUAAUACUAUUUUAAUUAAUUUUUUAGAAGCUUAAUUAAAUGCAUAUUUUGCAAUCUGGCAAAUUGCGCCAGGAGAAGCAUUGACACAUCAUGAAAACCAGCAUUGACACAUCAUGAAAACCAGUAUGAUAUCAAGAAAUUAAGCAUUUUCAAGUCCU